CGGGAAAUCCCUUUUCCUCGUUACCGGACCUCCGGUAAGAGGCAGAAGUAACUUCUCUCUUGAGUACUUUUAGUUUCCGUUGUUGAAUUUCAUUGAACGAUCGAAGCUUUUUCUUUCUACCUCCCCAAAAUUAACGUUCCCCUCUUUUCCUUGCAUUUUUUUUUUUUGGAAAAUAGGGGGUGGGCAAAACCACUCUGAUCAUGAGAUUGGUAGAGGCUCUGAAACUCUCUAGACCUAACUUGAACGUUCGGGGAUUCUACACCCGUGAGGUUAGACGAGGAAGUGAAAGGGUUGGAUUUGAAGUCGUUACUCUAGACGGCCGCACAGCCCCACUCUCUUCCAUCUCCAUUUCCACGUUCGUAUCUUUGCUUUGCAAAUUGCCAUUCCCUUUUUUUUUUUUUUACGCGUUCUCUUUCUCUAAUUGGUCUCUCUUUCUCCCUCUCUCGGCAAAUUAUUUAGGCCAGAGUCGUCUGGAUGGCCAACUGUUGGCAAGUACAAAGUCGACGUCUCAUCCUUCGAGUCUCUCGCAUUGCCCGAGCUGCAGGUGAGGGAAGAUACCGAUCUUUUCAUUAUAGACGAAGUUGGCAAGAUGGAGUUGUUUAGUUCACAUUUCUUCCCAGCUGUGUUGAGGGUUCUGGAAUCGAACAUCCCGGUUGUGGCUUCAAUUCCUGUUCCAAAGUUCGGUCGUGAUAUUCCUGCAGUUGAAAGGUUGAGGGGUCAACCGGGUGCUACGAUUUUCUCGUUAAGCCACAGCAAUCGGGAUGCUCUAAAAGAAGAAAUCUAUACCCAAUUGCUACAGGCAUUAGAUGUUUCAAGGCAGUGAGAUUUGGGUUCAUGGUGGAGUUGCUCUCAGGCUUUUAAGGUGCUGCAUAUAGUUCUUUUGGUUCUAGAAUUAUAGUUCGAAACAGAAUUAGAAAUUCAUAUCCCUUGUAAGGUUCUUGCAAUCUUCAUCUCAUCUUGUGACAAUACACAUACAUGCAUAUUUCAGCAUUACACAAGACACCUGAAAGUACUGUUAUCCACAGUGUAAUGCAGAUGAGAUCCUGUUUCUGAUUUCCAAAAUAGGAAAAACCUGUCCCUCAGUUUGUAAUCCAAUAUAGUUUUGCUCGAAAUUAAACAGGAAAGCGAAAUCUAUCUAGAAUCUGGAAUCUAGUCUAGAACAUAUAUAAUAGCU